ACAUACAUUUAACCUCUUUUAAAUUCCAACGCAACGCUGCAGAUAGUCCAAUCGCUGUUAUCGAUAAAUUUAUUUAAAUUUGUGUUGGCAAUGCCCCACGUUGGAUAUUUACCGUUGCAACACUCAAUUCGAAAAAACUGGCUGACAAAUAAAAAUGAGUUUAACAAAAGCAAAUCCACUAAAGAAGGGCGACUUUGUAUUUGCAAAGAUGAAGGGAUAUCCAGCGUGGCCGGGACGAAUCCUCCAGUCAGUUGGCGGAAUGCACAACGUGUUUUUCUACGGAACCUGCAACACGGCAAUGGUUGCUGACAAACAUAUUUCCCCAUACGAAUUGUGGAAACGCAAUUUGGUAGAUCCAAAGAAGCUGCAACAAAAAGAGUUUAAACGUGCGAUGAUGCAUGCGGAGUUAAUGAUAGCGAAUCCUACAGAAGAUAGGGCAUACUACUACUUUCUGGCCAAGGUACCUAAGGAUUACACUCAGGCAGACGUCAUUGACUUGGAUCGAGGCGAUGAAUAUGAUAUGGAUGAUAACGACAAUGAUAAUGAUGUAAAUAAUUGCGACUAAGCAGAUCGGAGUUGUC